AGGCUCUCGCCGCUUGGACUCCGCUGCCUCUUAGCACUAGCUAUGACUGCGCGCGGGACUCCGAGCCGCUUCUUGGCCAGUGUUCUCCACAACGGACUGGGUCGCUACGUGCAGCAGCUGCAGCGUCUGAGCUUCAGUGUCAGCCGUGAUGGCCCCUCGUCUGGCGGCGCCAGGGAGUUCCUGGAACGGGAGGUGAUCGACUUCGCCCGACGGAACCCAGGGGUCGUAAUAUAUGUGAACUCGCGUCCGUGUUGCGUGCCAAGAAUAGUGGCGGAAUACCUUAACGGGGCUGUGCGCGAGGAGAGCAUCCACUGCAAGUCGGUCGAGGAGAUCUCGACGCUGGUGCAGAAGCUGGCCAACCAGUCGGGCUUGGAUGUGAUCCGCAUCCGCAAGCCCUUCCACACCGACAACCCUAGCAUCCAGGGCCAGUGGCACCCCUUUACCAACAAAUCGACCACGUUCCACGGGCUACGCCCCCGAGAGGUCCAGGAUCCUGCCUCAGCCCAGCUGCAAGCACAGUGAAGAGUUGCCCACCAACUCCAACCCCAGGUAGACAAAUGGAACCCAUCAGUGGGGAAGCUGACACAGGUUCUGCUUGGGAUAAAGAAGAGCUGCCUAUCUAUUUCCAGUGCCUGCUUCUGGGGGCAGUGACCUUUGUGAACCCUUAAUUUUUAUCCAAGUGACAUCGCUAAAACCUGAGAUGAGGAAGACUUCAAGGGUUUUACAGGGCCCUUGUUUUUGAAGUCCAAAUUGAUAAUAAUGAUCUCAAAACACAAUGAGAAGUUUCAAGGCUGGCUUCUGAAGAAUCCCUGAUAUCUUAUUGGUACACGUGACCUAUACAGAGCUCUUCUCUGCUCUGAUGGGCUAGGCACUUUAUAUCUGUGUGAAUGUUUGUUUAAGGAUUUAUAAAACCUAGGUUAAUAAACUUACCCAAGGUCAUUUCA